AUAGUUGGCCAUAAAGAGUUACCGCAGUUAUUUAUGUAUCGUUUUUAGAAUAGUGAGCUGGUUUACUAUAAUAAAAUUGUGUUCUCGCUUACGGCACAAGGUUAUAAUGUGAAGUUUUAGGUAUUACCGUUCUGUUCUGCUUUGUAGUGUCUGGGACUGAUAUUGAAAUCAUUAAGAAGUCAAAUUUCUAGACAGUGUAAACCUAUUGCAGUUAUCAUGACCAAGGUACCAACGGUUAAAUUUAACAAUGGUCAAGAAUUUCCCAUUUAUGGCCUUGGAACAUGGAAAUCCGCUCCUGGAGCAGUUACUCAAGCAGUUAAAGAUGCCAUCGAUAUUGGUUACCCUCAUAUCGACUGUGCUCAUAUUUAUGGAAAUGAAGCCGAAGUUGGUGAAGGUUUGAAAGCUAAAUUCAACGAUGGAACGGUGAAACGUGAAGAUAUAUAUAUUACCAGUAAAUUAUGGAACACAAUGCAUAGACCAGAUUUGGUAGAAUCUGCCAUUCGUACCACAUUGAAAAAUCUGGGUUUGGAAUAUUUGGAUCUUUACUUAAUUCAUUGGCCGUUUGCCCUGAAGGAAGGUGACGAUUUAUUUCCCAAAAAUAGCGAUGGUACAACUGCUUACAGCGAUGUUGACUACGUUGAUACGUGGAAAGCAAUGGAAGACUUGGUUAAGAAAGGACUCACUAAGUCAAUUGGUAUUUCUAACUUCAAUAAACGUCAGACUGCACGCAUUUUGGAAAACUGCACUAUAAAACCUGUUACAAAUCAAAUUGAAGUUCAUCCCUACCUCAACCAACAAAAACUUAUCGAUUAUCUCAAAUCUAAAGAUAUUGUGGUAACGGCUUAUAGUCCAUUGGGUUCACCUGACAGGCCAUGGGCUAAACCGGACGACCCUCAGCUGUUGCAAGACCAGAAAAUAAAAAAUAUCGCCGACAAAUAUGCAAAAACUACAGCUCAACUUCUACUAAGAUAUGGUGUUCAAAGAAAUUUGAUCGUUAUUCCAAAAUCCGUCACUAAAUCUAGAAUUGAAGCAAACUUCAACAUUUGGGACUUUUGUUUGAGUGAUAAAGAUAUGGAGCUUUUGAAUGGUUUUGAUUGUAAAGGAAGAUUUUGCCCAUUCACAGAUGCUAUCACACACAAGGAUCAUCCUUUUGCCAAUGACGAAUACUAAGAGCAUCUGAAUAUAUAAAUAUAAUGAGUGAAAAUUCAACUGAUCGGUAUUUCUUUAUAAUUGUGAUGUAUUUUUAAUUGUUCAAAUAAAAUAUAUCUUAAUCUA